AUGGAGGGACCCUCAGAUAAUCGAACAAACGACAGAGAAUCCAACGCGAGUACAGUCGAACAUGAAACGCUGGCAACCACAGCCAGUAUCUCAUCUCUAUCUGAAGCAAAUGACGGCGAAAGUGCAAGGGAGGGGGAAGGAGAAUCAAGACCAUGCAAAAGGAUUUAUAAAAUCCUGUUUGGAAUAUUUGUCGCAGGUGUAAUCAUAGCUUUGAUUUCUGUGUUUUUUGCACUCUACUCGAGUGAUUACAGUGAAAAAAAUGCAGCAGUUCCAGCUAGUGGCAAUAUUGUACCCGUAAAUAAUGACAAGCCUAAAAAGGAAUCAGCUAUUGAAGAAAACGUCCAUUCAAAUGCUCCAAAAGAAAAGGAUGCUAAAGAUGAUCACCAUCCAUCUGUUGAUGAGGGAAAUGCCGAGUCUAGUCCAGAAAAGGAAACUGAAGGAGAUACAAGGGGCAGUGAUGGGCCAAUUUAUGGUGGAGUCUUUGAUCCAUCGAAUCAAGAAUACGACGAUGAUGACGAUGACAAUUUAGAACAAAAAUCCAAAUGUAUUGAUAUAACCAUUAUAGUUGGUGAAGAAAGCUACAAGGAUGUAAAAAUCAUCUCCAAAACCAACAGAUCCACAUACUAUGUACCACUUGGAGACAAGCACUUUUGCUCAGUUAAAAUUAUGGACAAGACCAUUAUUGAUGGAGUUGGACCUGAAAUUGUAAAAACUGCCAUAGCCAUCGAAGAUUAUCCAGAAAUUUCGCUCGUUUCAUUUUAUUCUGUGGAUGUCACGAAAAGGACAAGGGUAACCCAAUUUUUAAUCGACAAUGUAAAGAAUACCCAAGGAGUUUGUCCAAAUUAUAUGAGGCUACUCAAUGAUUUGUUAAGUCGCGUUUCAGGUAAAUAG